AUGGCAUCCCCAGCGAAGCGCCUCCGAGUGCAACUGGCGUCAGCAGUGGCCCAUCGAGACAACUGGCAGCUGAAGGUGGACAUUCUGACGCAAAAACUGGCCGAGGAAGAGGCGGUGCGCGACGACGACGAUGACAAGUCUGGCAGCUCCAGCGACUCCAGUGCACAUCUCAACUGGGAAGCUCCGCAUGUUUUCGGUCCCCAGGAGAAGGAACCAGGCUUGCAGCCCGUCGUUUGUAUCGUGGUGGAGCCUGAAGAGGAGGAGGACUACCGGGAUACCUGGCCACUUGCUUUGAUGCUGGUCCUUCCCGAAGGCAAUCGCGGACCAGGUUACGCUCGGUGGGCUGUCCAGACGGUGUGCACUCGCGCACACGUCGCUGGAGGAUGUUCUGGACCCUGUCAGCCCGCAAUGCUGCGCCGUUUGGGAAGGAUCUGGAUCGUGGACGACACUUUGACCACGUUCUACAGAUUGGCCUGGAUGGACAACUUCCGCCAGUGCGGCAGAUUGGCAAGGCCUAAGCGAAUGAAGCACAGAGUUGCAAGCAGCGAGCUGAUGUUUGUGGAGGCACUUUUGGCUGUCCAGCGCCAUCCGUUUAUUGGCAGGGCCGCGGUGGCUGGUUUCUUACGAGAUGACGGCACUGCUGUUUGCAAGCGUGCAGAGUGGAAGCUGGACGAGCUCGCCCUGUACAAGGUGGUGCUCCUGGACUUGAACGAGCUUCGGCGUUUGCAAGUUGAGUACGUGCCCAGUCUACAGAUGUACGAGGACAUUUGCCUCAAUCACGAUGUCCUGAGCAGGGGAGGUCGGACCCUGAAAUGUCAGUGCUAUGGCUUUCGAGCCGUGCACGCCAAAAUGGGAGGCUGUUUACAGCAGCGUGCUGGGCAUCGCGAUGCAGGAAAGACCACGGGCCUUACCAAACUGGAAGAUCUAGUUCAACCAGCUGCUUUUGCGGGCAUGUGCCACGACAGACAGAAGGCUAUCCAGGAGCUGCUUCGUUGGGUCCAAGACAAAGAGACCCUGUUCCGGAAGCGAUCUUUGCAGGAGCCAGACCAAGCGUCUUCCAGCGCGAGGAAGCGAAAGGAAUCAAGCGAGACCUUUGAUCGUACGGGCGAUGGCCGGACAGGGACAGGAAGCGGUGACGUGAAAGUCGAGCUCGAGCUCCCCGAGGAGGAAACCAUCCUUGUCAGCGACGACAGUGACUUCGAGGAGCUGAAGAUGACCUCAGCAAACACGGACACAGCACCCCUUGCCUGGGGUCUGCCAAGUCAGAGGGUUUUGCGCAAGACCUGA